AUGGGGGCUCAUAGAACAAUGAUACGAGUACUGAUGUUGCUUUCAUGGGCUACCUCAAUAGGUGGUUCAGCAGUCGAGUGCACCACCGUGACAGAACUAAUCUCGUUCUGUGCCACCUUUAUCAGCAACGGUUCACCAGAUCCUUACCCUGGUACACCAUGUUGCGAGGCUGUCACGAACCUCUACAUGAUGACUCAUUCCACUGACAAUAGGAGAUCACUUUGUGGGUGCUUAAUGGGGCUUGUUACCGCUAACAAUUCUAAUUCCACCGCUAUCGCUACGUUGCCUGGCUUUUGUGGUGUCCCGCUCGGUUUCACCAUCGGCCCUGAUACCGACUGCAACUUGUAUCGUUCCGUGACGAUGAGUACACAAAGUGGUGGCAAUGUGGCGUUGAAAGGAGAAGGCUAG